ACUCGGCGGACGAGUGUGCUCCUGCCAUUCCUUCAUUUGACGGCCUCCAUCCCCCACUUGAAGAAUGUCGAAGAAGGCCAAGGCUGUGGAAACCGUGACGGAAGUCGUCAAGCUCGGACCUACCAACCGUGAAGGUGAGGAAGUGUUCGGCGUGGCGCAUAUCUUUGCCUCGUUCAACGACACGUUCGUGCACGUGACCGACUUGUCGGGCCGCGAAACCAUCGUGCGUGUCACCGGCGGCAUGAAGGUCAAGGCCGAUCGUGAUGAAGCCUCUCCUUACGCUGCCCAGUUGGCCGCCCAAGACGUCGCUGCCAAGUGCAAGGACGUGGGUGUCACCGCAUUGCACGUGAAGAUCCGUGCCACGGGCGGGAACCGCACCAAGACCCCUGGCCCUGGUGCCCAAUCUGCGUUGCGCGCGUUGGCCCGCAACGGCCUCAAGAUUGGCCGCAUUGAAGAUGCCACGCCCAUCCCCACGGACAGCACCCGCCGAAAGGGUGGUCGCCGCGGUCGCCGCCUCUAAGCGCAUGGCGGGAACUCAACUCUCUCGCCUUGCUUUCGCGUUGGCUCCUUCGGCACUGCUCUUCGGGUUCUGGCUACAAUCUAUUUCGUAGUUGGAAUCCCUUCGACAGAACCAUCAACACAAAAAUAUACCAUGUUCUUGUGUUGAUCUA